AUGGGGAGAGGACUGAGGGGUGCGGGUGUGGUCAUUGGGGCACUGUUUGUUGGCCUUGAGGUGGCCACUGAGCAGGUGGCUGUGGGCCAGGUGCAUCAGGGCCUGUGUCCUGGAGCAGGGUACGACCAGGAGGUCACAAGGCUGGCUCACAAGGAGGUUCCUGCCAUCCGCAUCCCCUUUUCCUGGGCCAUGCAGGCUGGCUGGACCCGGUCUUUGAUGGCUUGCCUUUUCUUCUGGUGGCAGCGGUUGUGGGGUCCCGUGACCGGUGCAGUGGGGAACCCCGGCCAGUCUUGUCCGAGCAGCAGCGACACCGGGAGCUCGGGGAUCAGCCCGAUGAGGAGCAGCCCACCCCCCCUGUCGCAGCAUCAGCACCGUGCACGCGGCCGGCCGGCAGAGCACCUGGAGCAGCGCGAGUUAAACGGGCCGAGUCGGGAAUCCGACCCCAGUGCAGCGGGAGAGGAAGAUGAUGAAGAUGAUGAAGAUGAUGGAGAUGAUGGAGCUCAGAAAUCUGCGAUCACUCCUUCCUGGCCUUUUGCUCUUAUUCGCGCUGCAUCGCUGUUCAUCACUUGUAACGAUCAAUUAUUUCUUCCUUCUCUCUCUCUCUCUCUCUCUCUCUCUCUCUCUCUCUCUCAUUCAGGACCAUGUUUAGACCCGAUUAUCUCGCCACUUUAUGCCUCCUCUUUCUGGGCCUCCUCCAGAUACAAUUUUCUCUACUCUGCUCAUUUUGCCAAACUCCAUGGGAGCAGUGGCUGGUCUCCAGCGCCCGGAGACACACAGCCAUGGCUGCAGAUCAAUCUGGGUAGAAAGUAUCGGAUCGUCGCAAUUGCCACACAGGGUACCUUCAACUCCAACGACUGGGUGACAAAGUACACACUGCUCUACGGGGACCGUUUUGAUGCGUGGACUCCUUACAUCAUGAAAGGAGGCAACAUGACAUUGCCUGGAAACUGGAACUACUAUCAGGUGAAGAGGAAUGUCUUUCACUAUGCCUUUACUGCUAAACACCUGCGCCUCCUGCCUAUGGGCUGGAACACGGAAAACGGUGGAAAGAUUGGCGUACGGCUCGAGGUCUACGGCUGUCCCUAUGACUCAUACGUGAUGCAUUUUGAGGGGGACGACAUGGUGGCAUACUCCUUACCUGGUGGGAAACUAAGAACCUUGCAGGACCACUAUGCUUUGAACUUUAAGACUCUCGAGAAAGAUGGUGUGCUACUGUACAGUGAGGGCAUCCAGGGUGACUCGGUCAUGCUAGAGCUGAACACCGGACGACUCUACCUGCAUAUGUCCCUGGGAAGCAGUACAGUGCACAACAUGGAUGGCAUGACCACAGUGAGGCUGGGGAAUUUACUAGACACACAGCACUGGCACUAUGUCACCAUCAAACGCUAUGGCAGAGACCUCAACUUCACGCUAGACAGCCAGACAGAGAGAGUCCUCCUCAAUGGCGAGUUUAACUACCUGGACCUGGACAACCAGAUAUAUGUAGGUGGCGUUAUCGAGAAAGACUCACCUCACCUGCCAGGUAAGGUCAACUUCCGUGGCUGCUUGGAGAAUGUCUUCGUCAACGGAAUCAACAUCAUUUACAAGACCCAAUACCAAGAUCCUGAUGUACGGUUCGCUCCCAAAAAGAAAAAGAUGCACUACACGUGCCGUGACCUCCUGUGGAGACCCAUGACCUUCGCAGGGCCCAACAACUACCUCCAGGUGCCUGGGUUCUUUCGAAAGAGCCGACUGGCAGUGAAGUUCAAGUUCCGGUCUUGGGACUACACAGGAUUGCUGAUGUUCACCAGGUUUGCUGAUGAAACGGGCUCUCUGGAGCUUGGAUUGAGUGAGGGUCAAGUCAACAUCACGCUCACACAACCAGGGAACAAGAGACUCCGCUUCGCUGCAGGAUAUCGUUUAAAUGAUGGUUUCUGGCACACGGUGGAUCUGGCGGCCAGAGACAACUUGCUCUCAGUCACCAUCGACGAGGACGAGAGCUCUCCACUGAAGAUCACCAACCCGUUCAUGGUUCGCACUGGAAACACCUACUUCUUUGGAGGCUGUCCUAAGACCAACAAUACGGCACGCUGCGUGACCAAGCUGGCGCGCUUCCACGGCUGCAUGCAGCAGAUCUUUAUUGAUGACGAGCCUGUGGACAUCGACGUGAUGCUGCAGAGGAAGUGGGGCAGAUACACGGAACUACUGCUGGGGACAUGCGGUAUCACUGACAGGUGCUCUCCAAACCCAUGUGAACACGAGGGCAGGUGUAUUCAGUCCUGGAAUGACUUCCUGUGCAUUUGCAACAACACAGGGUACAAAGGAGAAGUGUGCCACAACUCCGUCUAUAGGGAGUCGUGUGAGGCUUACAGACUGAAUGGAAAGUAUUGGUCAGGCAACUACACCAUAGACCCGGACCUGAGCGGCCCACUCAAGCCUUUCACUGUCUACUGCAAGAUGAAGUUGAACAAAGCCUGGACGAUUAUUGAGCAUGACCGCCUCGAGAGAACUAAAGUGACUGGCUCCAGCUUGGAUCGGCCAUAUAUAGGGGACGUCCGGUACAUGAACGCCUCGUGGGAUGAGGUCACUGCUUUAGCCAACACGUCGCUAUAUUGUGAACAGUGGAUCGAGUUCUCGUGCUACAAGUCCCGCCUUCUAAACACUCCACAUGGAAGGCCUUAUAGUUUUUGGAUCGGCCGGCAUAACGAGAGUCACGAAUACUGGGGCGGGUCUUUCCCUGAGAGUGGGAAAUGCGGCUGUGCGAUCAAUCAAACCUGCACUGACUCCAAGUUCUGGUGCAACUGCGAUGCAGAUUAUCGCCAAUGGUAUGCAGAUAAGGGCUACCUGAUGUUCCGGGACCAUCUGCCUGUCAGGAGAGUUGUAGUCGGCGACACAAUCCGCCCAGGCUCAGAGGCCCAGUUCAGCCUCGGACCACUGCGCUGUUCUGGAGACAGGAGUAUCUGGAAUACAGUAGCCAUUACCAAGCCCACCUAUAUGACCUUCCCCACCUUUAAACCCGGCAUCAGCGCCGACAUUACCUUCCACUUCAGGACCUACCGCACCAACGGGGUCUUCCUGGAAAACUCAGAUGACCAUCUGCGGAACUUCAUCAGGAUCGAGUUGAACUCCACUACCGAGGUGGUGUUCAUCUUCAUGGUGGGUGACGGGAUUAGGAACGUGACCCUGCGCACCACCAAACCUCUCAACGAUAACGAGUGGCACUACGUGGAGGCUGAGAUCAAUGUCAAAAUGGCACGGCUCAAAGUGGACUUCUAUCCCCCGGCUAUCCACAAGUUCCCCGGUCAAACCUACAUCACCAUGGAGUUCACUCAACCCCUGCUCGUAGGCGCUGCAAAUCACACUCUGAGGCCCUUCUUGGGUUGCCUGCGUGGCCUGCGAAUGAAUGGCGUCCCUGUGGAUCUGGAGGGGAAGGUAGACGAGCGCACUGGGAUCCGGAGGAACUGCACUGGAGCGUGUCUUAACGCCUCCAUCCCCUGCAGGAACGGAGGGCAGUGCAUCGACGGCUACGCCUCAUACUCUUGCGACUGCAACAACACGGCCUUCGACGGUUAUUACUGCCAAUUAGAUAUAGGAGCGUUCUUCGACGUGGGUGCUUGGCUGCGCUACGACAUCCGUAAAGAGCCCAUUUCAGAGGACGCCUGGUGGGCUAACUUCUGGAUCGAGCCGCACUGGCACAACUUCACGCUGGGCUACAACACCACCACCGAUGACAUCGAGUUCAGCUUCAGCACCCAGCAGACUCCGGCCGUCCUGCUGUACAUCAGCUCCUUCCACAAAGACUACAUCGCUGUGCUGCUCAAGAAAGAUGGUACCCUCUCCCUGAGGUAUCGUCUAGGUUUACUAACACAUAAAUUUCAGCUGACCACCAGGAACCUGGCUGACGGCUUCCCUCACUUUGUCAACAUCACCAGGCACAACUACACAGUAUGGACCCAGGUGGAUUACAUGGAGCCGUGGGUGGAGAGAUUAACUCUCGGGGAGAUUCCCAGAUUUGACUCGCCGAAGAGUAUCUUUCUUGGCCGCGUCAUGGAGGUCGGUGAUAUCGAUUACGACGUUCAGAGACACAACAGUCCGGGUUUGGUGGGCUGCAUAUCCGGGGUCCGUUAUAACAUCUUCGCACCACUGAAGGCGUAUUUCCGGCCCAACGUCACCAACCCACCCGUCACCACCCAGGGCUACGUGGUGGAGUCUAACUGUGGCGCAUUCCCUCCUGUCUUGGGCUACGUGCCCUGGGAGGAUGACCCCUGGUUCACUGGACUAUUCUUCUAUUAUAUUCACGAUGACGUGACUCCGCCCUGGAUGACGUUGAUUGUCACGGUGUCUCUGAUGCUGCUCUUCCUCGUGCUGUACGGCAUGUACAUUUACCUGUACAGAUACAAAGGCAGCUAUCACACGAACGAGCCGAAAAACUUGGAGUCACCCAGUUCCUCACGUCCUCUCACCGAAACACUGCGCAAGGAGAAGAAGAACCUGCCGGAAAUCCAGGAGGAGGCGACGGGUGAUUAACAUCCUGAGAGAAACAGGGUCUGGGGGGAGGGGGUGGUGGGGAUUACACAAGGUGAGCGAAACAGGAAACAGGAAAUGAAGAAACGGAUGGAUGAAACGGGUUGAAACAGGAAAAGUUGCGAUUAUAGAACACGCCAAUAUUUUUGCUUUAUAUUUUUCAUUGAUAUUAGUGUAUUUGUGUUUUUUUUUUUUUUUUUUUCUGCCCCUGGUGUUAAUUGGUGGUAAUUGGGUGUUAAUCUGACAUCUGGUGCUUUUUGGCUAAACAUUUGCAGGGUUCAGAUCCGUGUCCUGCAAUGCGAUGCUGGCCAAAGUAAGUGCCUCAGGAACCCGAAAAGUUAUAAAAAGCAGCAUUUUUGCUAAUGUACAUGUUUACAAAGAUCGAAUCUAUUUCUGGUAACCUAUAUGCUGUUGUAUGCAAAAGUUUGGGCACCCCUGGCCAAAUCGCAGACACAUUGUUGAUAUUUUUAAGUGAAAAAUAAAGUAAAAACAACAUCCCCAGAGAACUACUCAACAUCUUAUGCAAAUAUUAACGCAUAGUUACUUUAUAUAUUUAAAGAACUUAAACGCUACGAGUCCAUCUAUUCUUGUUUAAUGAAUUUUCCCCCAGUCUUCCUCGCAGAAUGUUUCUAGCUCGGAGAUAUCCUUGGGCCGUCGUUGCACAGAUCAUGUUCAAGUCAGGGGACUGUGACGUCCAUUCCACAAGCUUCCACUUUCAUUUCUUAAAGUAGUUCAUGGUGGGUUAUGAGAUACAGGUAUGCUUUGGAUCAUCAUCCUUCUGUGUCUUGGCUGACUGUGCCACACAACCCCAAAGCAUGAUAGAUCCACCCCAAGGCUUAACAGUUAGCAAGGUGUCCUUUUCAUCGAUUGCUGCUCCUAUUUUUCUCCAAAAUUUCUCCUUUGACUUAUCUAGAUAUUUUAUUUGCAUAUAUCAGACGUUCACCUUUGCAAUGAGGUUCCAGGUAAGGAAUCCUUCUGAUGACUCUUCCAUGCAGAUCAGGUUUGUGCAAGCGAUGUAAAAGGCACAGAACGGUCCACACCCUCCUGCAGGUCCUUAGUGCCAUACAGGGAUUUUUUUAACGGCACCUCUUAAUGACAUUCAGAUCCUCAAUCAGCCGCUUAAAGGAGCCCAUGGUUGUUGAAAGUGAGCACACGGUUUGAAGAGUCAGAAUUUAUUACCCUCUGGAUUUAUAAUGGCAAUUCUAAACAAUUCACCAAAUAUAAGCUGGUGCACGGUGGCUUAGUGGUUAGCACGUUCGCCUCACACCUCCAGGGUCGGGGGUUCGAUUCCCACCAUGGCCCUGUGUGUGUGGAGUUUGCAUGUUCUCCCCGUGCUGCGGGGGUUUCCUCCGGGUACUCCGGUUUCCUCCCCCAGUCCAAAGACAUGCACGGUAGGUUGAUUGGCGUGUCUAAAGUGUCCGUAGUGUAUGAAUGGGUGUGUGAGUGUGUAUGUGAUUGUGCCCUGCGAUGGAUUGGCACCCUGUCCAGGGUGUACCCCGCCUU